AUGGAUCCUGACACGAAAAUCAAGGCAUACCGCUUUGUGGGGUAUGCGGCAGUGACAUUUUCAACGUUCACAAUAUUAUCAGUUUGUAUAACAUUACCGAUCGUCUAUAACUAUGUGCACAACGUUCGCCGUCAAAUGGAAGGUGAAAUGCAGCUGUGCCAGGUGGUUUUUGGUCUUACUGGAAUUGCAGAUCUUGCGGACAAACGCUUUCCCCUUCAGAAGAACGCCCGAACUCUAUGGGCUGAUGUGAACGCAAUGAAGGAAGUACCGGUAGUGUUUAAUCGAACUACCAGAGUCUCCAGAGAGGCUUACAUGGAGGAAAAUGUCAGCGAUGCAGAUCAAUUCGAGGAGAUGAUGAUGGAUGGUGGAGGCAGUGGCUGCGAGGAAUGUUGCCUUCCUGGAGCGCCAGGUCCUCGUGGUCCACCAGGAAAACCAGGAAAACCUGGUAUGCCUGGCAAGCCAGGGAUCCCCGGUAAACCAGGCCGUCCACCGAUGAGACCAUGCGAACCGAUCACUCCUCCACCAUGUCCACCCUGUCCGCAGGGACCACCUGGACCUCUUGGGCCACCAGGACCUCAAGGGAAUGCUGGGUUGCCGGGUCAGCAAGGGCCGAAAGGUCCCGAUGGACCUCACGGAGAGCCAGGAUUCAGAGGACGACCUGGGAGCAUAGGGCCGCCUGGCGAUGCAGGACCAACAGGAAACCCUGGAGAACCGGCAAGCGACGAACCAGAAAAACCUGGACCUCCUGGAGAACAGGGAAAGCCGGGAACGGACGGGCCUCGUGGACCACCUGGACCAGCUGGAAGGGACGGGAAGCCGGGAACACCAGGGAUGCCUGGACUUCCGGGACCACAAGGUCAGGCUGGUGAGGAUGGUCAUCCUGGAAUGCCUGGACGGAAUGGUGUUCCUGGAACACGCGGUGAAAAAGGCAUUUGUCCGAAAUACUGUGCUGAAGACGGGGGAAUCUUUUUCGAAGAUGGCACAAGACGUUGA